AUGCACUUCGCAUCUCUUCUCGUCGCCAUUGGCCUUGCUAGCACCGGCAGAGCCCUCUCAGUAGGGAUGCCGGGCAUCGGCUCUCGCGACGCUCACCACGCCAGAUCACCUGCACGCGAGGUGAAUCUACCGCAGAUUGGACACGGCUUCACACGGGGCACUACCAAAUACCAAAAACUGUUGGCCGCCUCCGACGCCUCGAUCUGGCUCUUGAACAGUGUAGUGGUUGGCUUCGAUAACCAUGAGAAGAUCUUCCUCAAGUACUGGGACAAGGAUUGGAAAGACAACGGAAGGAAGAUCUGGGAACGCCUGGCCGGCAAUGAUAAAGCCGGUGCGCCCCAAUUUAAGGAAAUUAAGCUCAUCUACGAUGGCGCUCAUGAGGCGGUUGAGUUUGACGGCUAUGAAGUGGAACUAGGCAGGUCAGCAAUGAAGUUGCCUAGUGUCCACAACGUGAUGGGAGCCAGGCAAGCCAACGGACAAAACAUUUGCCAUGACCUUCGCGAAAAUGGUAUAGGUUUUGCUUUGCAUGAACUUCUCGAGGGAAUAAUCAUAGAGGGUUAUCUCCAAUUGCCUGAGCUGCUGGAUGAUAUUACCCCCCAAAAGAUGACCGGCCACGAAAACUUCCGGAGCCCAUAUCAAGCUCAGCAGCUCGACAAGAAAGAGGCCAGAUACACCGCGGAAAGCUACGUCUGGUAUGCCGUUGAGGUAUUCUGGGCCGACUUCUGCAACAAGAACGACGGCUUCGAAGCUUCUUUAGAGGACACCACAUAG